AUGCACGAGAAUGAUGGAGUUAUUUGUAAAUGGCCUCCAGAUUAUGUAGGCGCUCCUUCAUUAUCCAAAGGCAACAAUAGACAUAGCACACCGCAGAAGAAACAAAUUAUUAAAACGGAAUGUAAUGUCUACAUAGGAAAUCGAAAUUUAAUUAAUAGCCAAAAAAAGACACUUUUUGAAAAUGUUGGUUCUGGAGAUGCUCCAUCCAAUCCAUUUGUGAGCAAAAAUCAUGGCUGCUUUUUAAAAGGAACAAUAAGUCUGAGAAGUUCUAGUUCAUUCUUGAAGUCCUCUUCCUUUUAUACAAAAAAACUUUGCAAGUUUUCUUGUCGUUGGUGCGGGUUUUUGUUUUGGUCAGGACCCGCUGGUCUUCUUUUGCAUAAAUUGCGACAUCAUCCAAGAAUGGACCAACAACGUUUAGUACUUUAUAAGGAGCUUUUACUUGAACGUUUGGACUGGAAACCACCCAAGCCGGAAAUUAAGAAUAACGUUAUUUCUCCUAUAAUUAACGAUUCUCCUGCCUUUGAUUUAUCUAAUGAUGAAGAUCAGGAGCCAAGGAUAACAACACCUCGAAAUUUUCCAUAUCGUUGUCGUCAUUGCCCUUACAGUACUGAUCAAAUUCUACGACUUCAAAAACAUGAAAACAAGCACAUUUUUAAGGCUGAACAUUGUUGUCAACAAUGUUCAUACUCAUGCCGCUCCAUGCACAUACUUAUGCAACAUUCUCGCCUUCAUGAUGUAGAACCAACAUCCUCUUCAACAACUUCACUUUCUUCUUUUCGGUUUCCCGAAGCUGGUACUUCUUAUGAAAGUCAACAAAUGCCUUCAGAUAACUUUCAUCGAGAGGACCCAUCAUCUUUUAGGAGAACUAACUUUUGCCCACAUUGUCCAUACAAAUCUAAACAUAAUUGCGAUAUGAAAGCACAUCUUAAAAUGCACGUUGAACGGCGUAAAUUUUCGUGUCGUCACUGCACCUACAGUACAAUGAGACAGAAUGCUCUUAUUUCACAUGAAAAACUCCAUCAAAUAAACCUCACAGAUAAAGGUGCGUGUCGACGUGUGAAAUGGAUUUAUGCGAAAGAGAAUGGCGAGCGUAGUGCUCAUUUGGGUUGGCGCAUGCGCAUUUUGCGCAGUGGUUGGCAUUUUUAUCGCUGUUCUAUCGUCGAAUGUGGAGCAGAAUUUGCAUUUUGUGCAGAACUUGUGCAACAUUCUCGUCAUCAUCAUUUGGCUUGGUGGAAAAAGAAGAAUGAAAUCGCAUCUCGAACCAAAAACCUAAUAAGAUGUACUAUCUGUGGUUUUCGUACAUCACUUGAGAUGAGGAUGCGUGAUCAUGAAGCAGUUCACCAAAACGAUGGGUGCAAAAAUGUGCGGUCUGUUGGAGGAGUCUUCAACUGCAGAGAAUGCCCUUAUUCUACAGCCAAUUACGCAAAAUUUUGGAAUCAUCGUCAAAAGCAUAAAAGGACUAAUCGAUUCGCUUGUUCAUUGUGUUCAUUCAGUUCUGGUUCUAUUCAAUGUUACAUCGAGCAUUCUAAAUUACACGGAAUUUUAAAAAUUGAAUCAGAAGAGGCUGUUGAUAAAACAACGAAUAAUAUUAAGUUUGAAGCAAUUGGAAUGGAUGGAGACAAUAUAGAAGUACCAGAAGACGCUGGCAAUAAUGUAUCAUCAUCUACUUCAUUGGAUCAAUUGAAAUCUGAUGAUUUACCAAUAUUUAAGAAGCAGAAAUUUCAAGAGCAAUUUGGAGCAAUUAUACCUGUUGUUGCACACUUAAGGAAUGCACAUUUAGUCAAAGAAAAUGAAACAUGCGAUAAGGUUUUGCUUAAAUUGCAUAUUCAAAUGCAUAAAAGAAGUGGAAUCCGGCCAUAUUCAUGUAAUCUCUGCACAUUUCGUUGUUUUUCUGCGGAAUCUCUUCACUCUCAUUUAUCUCUUCAUUCUCGUUCUUUUACUUCUAUAAAUGUUGAUAGAAAUGACGAUCAAUUUAAAACAUCAAGCAAUCCUUAUCAAUGUUCUCAUUGCAAUUUCAAGUGUAUUGAAUUAGACUCUUUUUUACUACACCGAAAGGAGCAUGUUCAGCUUUUGCAACAACGCCUUAUGACUAUCAUCAAACGGUCUGCUAAUGACAAUGUUUUAGUAAAAGAAAAUAAAACAAGAUUUUCACGAAGUGCCCGUUCUGAUAGACAGCACUUUUGCUCAAAAUGUUCAUUCAAAUGUGAUAGUUUACAAGCAUUUUCUCUUCAUAUGGAGCAUCAUCAACCAAACCAACAAGAUAUUUUUAGUUGCAGCAUAUGUGAUUAUAGUUCAAAUACAAAAGCUGUUGUUAUUUUUCAUGAGAAGAAUCAUCACCUGGAUGUUCCAUUGACUUCACUUUGUCAGAAAAUUAAGCUUCAACAAGAGGAGAAUAAUAAACCAGUUUCAUUGCCAGAAGUAGCCCAUGACAUUUUUUAACUUUUUCUUUCAUUCUCAUAUUUUGUUUUCAUAUAUUUUUUAUAAAUGUAAUAAAUAAAAAAUAAUUGCAAUUAUUUAUAAGUUUUCAUCUAUACUUAUAUUUUUAGAUUUUUAUCUCAUUUAUGUCUAAUCGAUUUAAGUUCAUGGUUAAUCAGGUAUCACCAUACUUCAAAGAAGCUGCAACUAUAUUAGACAAAGCAUUGAACAAGCAAGGCAGUGUCAGAAAGUUCGUUUAUUCAAGCAAAUUGAAGGUAUUUUUUAGAAUU